CAUCCUCAAGCAAAGUGGGAGCUUGAGCUAAAAUGUACAAUUACAAGUAUAUAUGCUCUUUUUCGUAAAUAGAUGCUCUAAUUAAGAAAUAAAAAAAUGGAUUUUGCUCUUUCUCCCAGCUCUGUUGAGCAAAUUGAACCAAAUUGGACAUUUCUGACUUACUUAUUCCAUUUAUAACAACAAUCCAAUUAAAAGAUGGUUAAGUGUUCUCUCAUACUUACUAGGAUACAAUAACUACACACACAACCUCCUCUCAGAACCAAUGAUUGAUGAAGGAAUACUGACAUCAAAUGUAUCAUACAUUACGAAAGGUAUCCGCAGCAUGCUGAACAGAUUGCGUUUUUAACAAGUCGAAUGUUUCAUUUUCCUUACGUCUCCGUCUCUUUUCAAGUGCUACUGUAGUGCUCUUCCAAAUUCUUCGGUUUACUAAAUCUUCAUCAUGAUGGCUGAAAGCAUUAUAGAUAUAGGAGCUACGGCUGAUAUAUUUUCGGCUCAGUCCGUCAGUGCCAACCUAAAGCAAUCUCGUCUUUCUUCCUCCUUACUCUACGAUGAAACUGGAUUACAGUUGUUUGGACAGAUAACACAAGAGGAUGAGUACUAUCCCUUUCGACUAGAGAUGCAGCUUUUACAAAAACAUGCCGAUUGGAUUGCUGAACACGUUCGCUCGAAAACGUCGACAACUAUUAUUCUUGAGCUUGGUUGCGGCUCUAUGCGAAAGACAAAAGUCCUCCUCGAUGCUUUUGAAAACACAUGUUCUCCGGUCCAUUAUUAUGCGUUGGAUUUAAACAGAAAAGAGCUACAAAAUUCACUGAACACAUUGGAAGCCUCAACUAGCUACCGAAAUGUUAAGAUUUCUGGUAUAUGCGGCUGUUUCAAACACGCACUAAGCUAUCUACCUAUCCUUCGCAGUUCGCCUAAUUCAAAAUUUGUUCUUACGUACCUUGGAUCCUCCAUAGGAAACUUUUCUCGUGAGGAAAGCGCCACUUUCCUUCAAGCCUUUUCCUCAAAGCUUAAGCCUGAUGAUCAAAUUAUUGUUUCUUUCGAUCACCGUCAUGAAAAGGAAACAAUUAUUAGUGCAUACAACGAUAAACACCAUAUAACGGAAAAGUUUGAGCUUAACAUACUGAAUCAUGUCAACCAUAUUUUCGGAGCGCGUCUAUUCCAUCUCGAUGAUUGGCGGUACCAAGGUGAAUACGAUGAGCACACUGGUGUGCAUAAGGCUUUCCUUAUAUCUAAACGCCCAGUUACUAUUCCUGAGCUUCAGUUAUCGUUUCCACAGAAUCACAAACUACUUUGUGAAGAAAGCUGGAAGAGCAGCUCGGAGGAAGCUAACAAGAUUUUGCAUAAUGGCGGAUUUUUCACAGAAGCCGAACUUAAAUCAAACCAUGGUUUUUCAUUGUUCAUUGCAUCAGUCCCUACAUUUGACGUCUCCAGAAACCCGGAAACGCCGUGCCCAACGUUAGAAGAAUGGACUCAGAUACGUCUUGCUUGGUUGUAUCUCGUUUUUAAGCUUUAUCCUAGAGACCUGUACUUUACUGAACUUAUUCCAGUGAGACACCCAUUUAUUUUCUACAUUGGUCACGUUCCUGCGUUCAAUGACAUAUAUCUUGCACGUCUUACAGAUGGGAAACCAACACUUGGACGUAAAGACUAUUGGGAUUGGUUUCAAAGAGGUAUUGAUCCUGAUUUGGACAACACGAAAAAAUGCCACUGGCAUUCGCAACCUCCCGAGAAAUGGCCUUCAGUAGAAGAAGUUAACGAGUACGAGCGUAAUGUUUGGUCUCGUCUUGUUUCAAUUUAUAAGCAGGGUGAAAUGUCUGCGAAUAUGCAACGCGCAAUGUGGAUGAUUUACGAGCAUACGGCCAUGCACCUGGAAACCUCGUAUUACAUUUUAUUACAAUCGGAUUAUCACAUAAUUUCUCCCAACAACUUUCCUCCACCGAUUGCUCCUGCUCUCCAAACAGAUCCUACUUGGGUUCGUGUGCCCGAGUCCUUCAUCACCAUGGGUAUUCCCACAACUGCUGAUGGGAAAGAAACGUUCUAUUACGGUUGGGACAACGAGAAGCCCGAACGUCAAGUAUCUGUUCGCUGUUUUGAGAUAGCUAACCGGCCAAUCUCAAAUGGUGAGUAUUUGAGUUUCUUGAAAGAAACCACACAGAGUAAGGAGGAAUUUGAGGCAGCUAUACCAAAAACCUGGUUACUAAAGGAUGAGAUGCUGUUUGCAAAAUCCAUGUAUGGACCCUUACCGAUUGAGCAUGUUCUGGGAUGGCCUGUGGCUACUUCUUAUGAUGAAUUGAAACAAUAUGCAAAUGCAAAAGGAUGCCGGCUACCAACUGACUACGAACUGCGAGCCUUCUAUGAUCAUGUUUUGAAACCAAAUGAAGAAACGUAUGUGGAUACAGCCGGUUAUGCAACUGCGUUCCAGCAAUGGUAUCCCAAGUCAUUACAGGAUGAAGAAAAACCUCAAAUAUACACUGGUCUCUGGGAAUGGACAAGUACUGUUUUGAAAGAAGAUCUGGAUUUCACUCCCGAAGAAUUGUAUCCAGACUACACGAGAGACUUCUUUGAUGGAAAGCACAACGUAGUUAUGGGUGGAAGCUUUACUACAGUUGCCCGAAUCGCAAACCGCAGAAGUUUCCGUAACUUCUACCAGAGAAAGUAUCCCUAUGCAUGGAUCGGAGCCCGACUCGUCAAAGUCACUAACACUUUGAGUUGAAACUAACCUGAAUCAAACAUGCUACAUUAUGCUCAGAUAUUAGCACUCCAGGAACUUUCUAGUAGUUUUAAUUGUACUUUCAUUAAUUUAAAGAAAAGAUUCAUUCAAAGACAUUGUCUAACGGCUAUACGUGAAUUGACAAGAUUAAUGACCUUGUCGACAUUCACGAGUAAUAUCGUUUUUGUUUUUUCUGCAGACAACAUUCAUUACAUAAAAAGCGUAUCGAUCAUAACGAAAUGGAAAAUAAACUUAGAAAAAAAGGAGAUGUACCAGUAAAC